AUGGCUUCACCAAAUGUGGACAUGUCUUCCGCUGCGGACCUCGAGACGUCCCAGUUCGACUUUGUAGUCGUGGGCGGCGGCACUGCAGGACUGGUCGUUGCCUCCAGACUGACUGAGAAUCCCGACAUCAAAGUACUGGUCCUCGAGGCUGGCGCGGAUCGCAGACAGGACCCAAGGGUCAAGAUUCAAGGUCUCGCGCUGAGCACUUAUUUCGACCCCGAUUUCGACUGGUGCCUAUCUACUGAGCCUCAGUCUCUGUUCAGCCUGGACUCAAUAAUCGACGACUCGGUCAGCCACAAGGAAAGAUACUUGGAGGCUCAUCUGCGCUUUGACUCGUGGGAGAAGCUGGGCAAUGCCGGUUGGGGGUGGCAGUCAAUGGCGCCUUACUUCCGCAAGUUUCACACGUACACCGCUCCUGAGUCCAAAACUCAGGAGGACCUCAUGCUAGACUAUGUGGUGAAAGAUGCCCAGGGAACCAGUGGCCCCCUCCAGAUCUCAUAUGGGAGCGGCGCUGGGUAUCCUCCCUUUAACAGCGCCUGGCCGCGAGCAUGGUCAAACCUCAACAAGAAGUUGAUCGGGGAUCCUAUCAGCGGAAUUGCGGUGGGCUCGUUCAACAAUCCUGCCACGAUUGACCCGGUCAGCAAGGAGAGAUCUCACGCGGGAAACGCAUACCUUUCAGAAGAGGUCUCGAGCAGGAAAAACCUUCGCGUGGUCACUGAAGCUCUCGUCUCCAAGGUGGUCUUGGAGAAAGGCCCGGAUGGUAAAGUCAAAGCAACCGGCGUCGAGUUCAAAGCAAAGGAUGGGCAGACGCGCCGGGUGACAGCCGGUCAUGAAGUUAUCCUGGCCGCAGGCGCCAUCAAGACGCCUCAGGUGCUCGAGCUUUCCGGGAUUGGGGGCGCGAAAGUCCUUCGAGACAAUGGCGUCGAGUGCCUCGUCGAGAACCCCAACGUAGGCGAGAAUCUGCAGGACCACGGUUUCGUGCCCUUUUCGUGGGAAGUUGCAGACCCAGCUACAUCAGCCGACCAGAUGCGCAACCCAGAGGUGGUCCAGAUGGCGCUGGGUGCUUACACCACCGCCAAGGCCGGACCGUUGAGCACUCACGCCCUCGCCUCGGCCUUUCUGCCGCUACAGAACCAGGAUCUCAGCCCAGCAUCCGUGGAUGAGCUCCUCCCGGCCCACUUUGACGUCCACCCCGUCCCGGCCGCGCUGAAGAAGCAGUACGAAGUCCUCCGCGAGCAGAUCCGGGCGCCGGACGACUGCUCAGCCCAAUACACCCUCGCGCCCUUCCAGAUCACGCCCAGCGCAGACCCGUCGCCGCAGGCGACCUUCGGGAUGAAGGAGGACGGCUUCUACGCGUCCAUGGUGGCCGUGCUCAACCACCCCUUCAGCCGCGGCUCGGUGCACAUCCGGUCGCCCGACCCGGAGGCGGCGCCCGCCGUGGACCCGCGCACCAUGUCGCACCCGCUGGACCUGGAGCUGCACGCGCGGCACGCCCUCGUGCUCGAGACGCUGCGCGACACGAGCCCCCUGCGCGAGCUGUUCAAGGAGGGCGGGCGGCGCAUCCACAAUGCCGGCAGGAGGGUGCAGACGCUGGAGGAGGCCAGGGAGGCUGUGCGGAACGGCUUCACGCCGCAUUACCACGUCUGCGGCACCGCGGCGAUGCUGCCCCGGGAGGAGGGUGGUGUUGUAGACCCCAAGCUGAGGGUUUAUGGUGUGGACGGCUUGCGUGUGGUGGACGCUAGUGUGUUCCCGUUGAUUCCUAGGGGGAAUAUCCAGUCUAAUGUGUAUGCUGUGGCCGAGAGGGCGGCGGAGAUUCUGUUGGAGGGAUGGCAACAGAGGUCGUCAUAA